ACAGGAAACACGCUCGCGGCCGUCUCCUUCUCUUUCUCCCUCUCUCUUUCUCGGAUCUCCCCGGUUAUCUUCAGUAAGCUCGCGAUCGUGAAGGUCGAGGUGAGGGUUUGAUGCCGUUUUCCGAGCACGUGGGGAGCGUAUUUACGAGUCCCGUGCUGUGCGCCUCACUCCCCUGUGAUGGAGGAGCGCGGCGGUGGUGCAUCGCUGGAAAUGAGUGAGAGGCGCAGAGGAGAUAAUCAAUGAAGACAUCGAGAGCUCCUCCUGCGCGUUUGCUCUAGCGUUGAGCCUGGACACCUGUGAAGAUUAUGUCCCAGCGGAGGCAGCAAAGGCGGACUUUUGCGUUUCCUCUCUGGGGACGAGCCUGCAGGGGAUGUCCCCUGGAAAACCACGAGUUUUUCUCAGAGGCUACGAGACUCUCUCCAUUCGAGGCUGAGCGCCUUUUCCUGGCCGUCUGCGGCAGCCUCACCUGCUGGGAGGUGUAAAGUUUGGCUGAUUGACUGUUUUGUCGCCAGCAGCUGAAGCCGGUUGAGGUGAUUGGAGAGGCUGCAGGUCGGAGGGUUGGAUUCCAGCUGUGCUUCCGGACGGUCACAUCUGUCUCUGCUGGCGUCGGCGCUGUCCAUGGUGCUGAAGCCGAGCUCCAGGAAUGGUGGAGACACUGAGUAUCGCUGUUAUCGGUGCUCCCGGGGUGGGCAAAACUUCUAUAAUCCGCCAGUUCAUCUAUAACGACUUCUCGGAGGUGUACACGCCGACCAGGACCAGAUAUGUGUACAGACCCUCCGUCAUACUGAACGGGAACAUGUAUGAGCUGAAGGUCCUGGACGUCCCGCCGAUCUCCUCUUUCCCCGCCAGCGCCAGUCAGGAAUGGCUGGACUUGCGCUGCAGAGGCGUCCGGAAUGCCAACGCUUACAUCCUGGUGUACGACAUCUGUUGUGUGGAGAGUUUUGAAUAUGUGAAAAUGAUCAGACAGCAGAUCGUGGAGAACAGGGAAGGCAGCAGCAGUGAGGUGCCAAUCCUGGUGGUGGGCAACAAGAGGGAUCUGCAGAGGCAGCGCUUCAUGCCCCGCAGGGCGGUGUCAGUCCUGGUAAAGAAGACCUGGAAGUGUGGUUACGUGGAGUGCUCUGCCAAGUUUAACUGGCACGUGGUCCUGCUCUUCAAAGAGCUGCUGGGCAUUGCCGUGGCACGGGCCAUGCGCCAGAACCACACCUCCAUUCGUCUGCAAGGGGCUUUACAGAGAAAUCGCUGCACUGUCAUGUGACGACCCCACCCCCCCCACACACACACACACACACACACACCAGCCAUCUCUGGAGUGGUGCAGAACUGAAGGACAUCUUUUAUUUUAAAAGGACUUUUAUCGUAAUGGCUGGAAAAAUACCCUGUGGCCUCCUGCUUUUACUGAGCUGAUUUUUAUCAUAAUGAGGUUUAUUUGACUCUUGCGCUGUAAAAGACACUAAAACCUUCACACGCGGUCAUCCAACCACUUCCUGUUCAAAUCCCAUGUGUGGAGACGAGGAAGGAGGUGGAAGCCAUGCUGGUGAAAACCGACACAGCACAUAUUUUUUUAUUUGUGACAUCAGCUCCACACCUUAAUAUGUCAGGCUGUGUUUCCCAGUGUAACACACCACAUGUGUCAGGUCUGUAAGCAGGCCUGGACACUUGGAAGCUAUAAGACUCGAAACUGAAAGGCAGCAAUAUCGUUGAGUCUUCCUUUUCAAUUUGUCCCACUCAGUAGGGUCAACAAGCACGCUAGAGGACACGAGGCCAGUGAUUAAAAAUAUUAACUUCAACAAGGAUGUUCUAACAAAAAAUGUACAUAGAUUGAUGUUUUAGGUCUGAGAAAGUAGCAGCCCCCCCCCC